AUGGCGCAAAAAUCAUCGAGACUCGUCGACAAUGAUCAGAUUGAAACGGCAAGCCUUCACAACCCAUUGCCGGUCUUCCUCAAGGCCUACGUAUGGCCUUUCACCAUUCUAUGGCCCAUAUUCUUUGCAUUCUACCUAAAUGAGGAUCUCUACGAUGAUUACAUUGAUGGCUCGGAAUGGACAUUCGUCUAUGUUGCGACAAUCGUUACACUUCAGUCUUUGACCUGGCUCUCCACAAAAUGGAGUGUCCAUCUCAGGACUGUGUUCACCAUGACCAAAGCCACAAAAGUCGAGGACGCCAAAUUGAUCAAGGUUAUACCUGUGGUAAACUCGGGUGCGUCCGCGAUCUGCAAACUGGAGAGGGAGUCGGAUGGAAGAACUUCGUUCCUGUUUCAGAAGAGACGGUUUCUAUACUGGCCAGAGAAGGGAACAUUUGCGCCCUUGUCCUACGCCCUGGAUGCCGAGAAGAAGCCCCUCCUCCGCGACUUCCAACUGUCGCGGGGCCUCACCUCUGAAGCUGAAAUCGAGACGGUCCACAAGCAUUAUGGCGACAAUACGUUUGACAUACCUGUCCCGACAUUCACGGAGCUGUGGAAGGAGCACGCUGUUGCCCCAUUCUUCAUCUUUCAGGUGUUUUGUGUUGGUCUCUGGUUGCUCGAUGACUAUUGGUACUAUUCGUUGUUCACCCUGUUCAUGCUGGUGGCUUUUGAAAGCACAGUGGUCUGGCAGAGACAGCGGACAUUGAACGAAUUUCGAGGAAUGAGCAUCAAACCAUAUGAUAUCUGGGUGUAUCGUGUCAACAAGUGGGUCGAGAUCAAGAGUGACAAACUCCUACCAGGCGAUCUGGCAUCCGUGGGACGAACUCAAGAAGAUUCAGGAGUUGCCUGCGACAUGCUACUCAUCGAAGGCACUGCGAUUGUGAAUGAGGCUAUGCUGUCCGGAGAGAGCACGCCGCUCCUCAAAGAGUCAAUCCUUCUCCGCCCUGGAGACGCGACAAUCGAACCCGAAGGCUUGGACAAGAAUGCUUUUCUCUGGGGAGGUACGAAAGUCCUUCAGAUUACCCACCCUGCCGCCACUGAAGAUGCGCCGGAAACCGUUCCACAAUUGCGGUCGGGUGUCCCUUCACCGCCUGAUAACGGCGCUAUGGCUGUGGUUCUCAAGACCGGAUUUGAGACCAGUCAAGGAAGUCUAGUGCGAACCAUGAUCUACUCAACGGAGCGUGUCUCGGCCAAUAACGCUGAAGCCCUGAUUUUCAUUCUCUUCUUACUGAUCUUUGCCCUUGCCGCCUCGUGGUACGUGUGGCAAGAAGGUGUCAAGAACAACAGAAAGCGGUCCAAGCUGUUACUCGACUGCAUUCUGAUCGUCACAAGUGUCGUGCCGCCUGAACUGCCUAUGGAGCUAUCCUUGGCGGUCAACACUAGUUUGGCAGCGCUCAGCAAAUUUGCCAUCUUCUGUACAGAACCCUUCAGAAUUCCAUAUGCCGGACGUGUGGAUGUCGCCUGUUUCGACAAGACUGGAACAUUGACCGGCGAAGAUCUCGUUGUUGACGGUAUUGCUGGUCUUAGCCUGGGGAAGAAGAGUGCCCAGACCGAAGCAGAUGGUGCGCAGUCUUCAAUCACUAAGGUCCCAGAGUGUGGCAUUUAUACCACCCUGGUUUUGGCGACCGCUCACGCCUUGGUCAAACUUGAAGAAGGGGACAUCGUCGGCGAUCCCAUGGAGAAAGCCACACUAAACGCUCUCAAUUGGACCCUUGGCCACAAUGACACUUUGAUCAGCACUCCUCCGCCCAAAUCGAAGAAACCUAAACCAUUCUCGACAGCCGGUGCCUCGCAUGUCGUACAAAUCAAACGACGAUUCCAAUUCUCCUCCGCUCUCAAGCGAAUGAGUUCUGUGGCUACAGUUCAGAUGACCGAUCCCAAAUCCGGAAGGAAGGCGAAGGGCACUUUUGUUGGUGUCAAAGGCGCUCCGGAAACCAUCCAGAAGAUGUUGAUUGAGACGCCACCGAAAUAUGAGGAGACUUUCAAGUACUUCACGCGGAACGGUGCUCGGGUACUGUCUCUCGGCUAUAAAUAUCUUUCGACCGAGUCCGAGAUCGGCCAGAAACGCAUCAAUGAUCUCAAACGCGAAGAAGUCGAGGGUGAUCUACAUUUUGCAGGUUUCUUGGUGCUCCAGACUCCUCUGAAAGAAGAUGCUAUCAGGGCCAUUCAGAUGCUGAACGAAAGCAGCCACCGUGUGGUGAUGAUUACCGGAGACAACCCGCUGACUGCGGUUCAUGUUGCCAGAGCGGUCGAGAUCGUCGACCGAGACUGUUUGAUUCUGGAUGCUCCCGAGCACGAUGACUCGGGGACUAAACUUGUCUGGCGCAGCGUUGACGAGAAAACCAUCAUCCCUGUCGAUCCAACGGCGGAUCUGGAUCCGAAGAUUAUUGAGACCAAGGACUUGUGCGUUACUGGCUAUGCUCUUGCCAAAUUCAGCGGCCAGAAAGCAUUCAUGUCGUUGCUGAGGCAUACCUGGGUCUAUGCCCGAGUCUCGCCAAAGCAGAAGGAGGAAAUUUUGAUUGGUCUCAAAGAUCAAGGCUACACUACGUUGAUGUGUGGCGACGGAACCAACGAUGUAGGCGCGCUGAAGCAAGCCCACAUUGGCGUCGCUCUGCUUAAUGGCUCUCAAGACGCUCUCAAUAAGAUCGGCGAACAUUACCGGACCACCAAGAUGAAGGAGAUCUAUGAGAAGCAAGUGCAGCUGAUGGCAAGAUUCAAUCAACCAGCGCCGCCGGUCCCUCCGGGGAUUGCACAUCUCUAUCCGCCUGGUCCCCGCAACCCCCACCAUGAAAAGGCGAUCAAAAAGAUUGCUGAGCAAAAAGGUAUCAAUCUGGAGAAUGGCAAUGCUGAGAAUGGCACCGUGGAAACCAUCACCUCACCGGGCGCACAAGCGAUUCAGCAAUCAAAUGCCAAUCUGACGCCUCAACAACAACGUCAGCAAGAGGCUCAACAGAAAGCAGCUAGCUGGGCCGACAAGUUUACCUCGAGCAUGAUGGAAACCGAACUCGACGACGGCGAGCCGCCUACGAUCAAGCUGGGAGAUGCCUCCGUCGCAGCUCCGUUUACAAGCAAAUUGGCCAACGUUAUAGCGAUCCCCAACAUCAUCCGGCAAGGACGAUGCACUCUUGUGGCGACGAUUCAGAUGUACAAGAUUCUGGCUCUCAACUGUUUGAUCAGCGCCUACAGCUUGUCCGUCAUCUAUCUGGCAGGCAUCAAGUUUGGCGACGGCCAGGUGACUAUCAGCGGGAUGUUGAUGUCGGUAUGCUUCCUGUCUAUUUCCCGUGCCAAACCGGUGGAAGCCCUCUCGCGAGAACGACCGCAGCCGAACAUCUUGAACGCCUAUAUCCUCGGAUCGGUGCUGGGGCAGUUUGCAAUCCACUGCGCGACGCUCAUCUAUCUUUCCAAUGUGGUCUACUCGAUCGUCCCGCCCGCCGAGGAGAUUGACCUUGAGGGUGAAUUCGAGCCUUCGUUGCUGAACAGCGCCGUCUAUCUCAUGCAAUUGAUCCAACAGGUGUCCACCUUUGCCAUUAACUAUCAAGGCCGGCCUUUCCGCGAAAGCAUUCGCGAGAACCGAGGAAUGUACUGGGGACUUCUAGCCUGCUCGUUCGUGGCCUUUGCAGGAAGUACCGAGUUCCUACCAGAGCUCAACGAGAAGUUACGCUUGGUGCCAUUCACCCGUGAAUUCAAAUGGUCCCUGACGACACUUAUGAUCGUUGACUUCAUCGGAUGUUGGGUUGUGGAGCGCAUCUUCAAGUCCUUGUUCAGCGACUUCCGCCCCAAGGAUAUUGCCAUCAAGAGACCCGAUCAGGUGGAACGGGACGAAAAGCGCAAGAGGGAGCUCGCGGAAAAGGCUGAGAAAGAACGGAUCGAGGAGAUUGAGAGGAAGCGGGGUGUGGCCAACAACACAGGUCCGCCAGCGACGAACAAGGUGCGAUGA